AUGAGUGUAAGUACGGAAAAUAUGACGUCUGCGUCGUCUAUUACUGCGGCGGUUGGGAAUGACGCUGAAAAGUUACAAUGGAUUGUAGUAAAUCAAGUGGAAGGAGUGCAGAUGCGUGAAAUGUUUUGGGAUUUAAGUAAGGAUGUUGAUGUUGGUGAGUUGGUCUGUAAUGAAGCUGUGAAACUUUUGCGUACAAUGACUGAGGAAGAAAAAGCACAUUGUUGUAAGUCAUCACUUUCUUUACUUUCAAACAAAGAAGAACCCAGAUACGUUCAUUAUGAAAGAAUUUUAUCAUCAAUAUUUAUGACUGCUUGCAAUGAAGGUGUCCUUUCUCUUUCUGACUGCUGUGAGUUGCUUAUUUUGAGUACCAAUUUCACUCUCACAACACCUAUGGAUGCGCGUAAAUUCGAAUACAUGCAGAAAAAUUUACAUCUGAUUGAUUACAAGGGACUUCGAAAUAUUUUGAAAUUGCUUGUUGUUGAGCGAAUGCAAGAAGUACCAUCAACAAUCACACAUCAUCACCGUCAUAUGCUUUUGCCUGUUGAAAAUAUGCUGUUGACGUUAAUCGACAGACGACUGAAUCUUCUUCCUUGCUUAUUCACUAUUACUGAAUUGCAUCGUGUUUCCAGUAACUCACGAGCUUUUCUUCUGCCGAGAGUGGCAAAGAAAUUCAAUGAUAUGUUUAUUUCUUUCCGGCCGCUUACUGAAAUGGUAACAGUGAUUGGUAGAUCUUGGCUUUAUCCUGUGGCAACUCAUAUUUCCUUUCCAGUGAGCACCUCGUCUUGGAGACUUGAAGUUACAACUACACGUUUACAUCAGCGAGCUCACCUUCCUUAUAGAUCUGAACUUUUCGCACCUCAGUCUUCAUUACUUUACACACUUCUCCGACAACCUCGUGGAAAGGAUACUAUUUCUUAUGUUAUGCGGCAAAAUGCGAGUUUAACUCCUCAGCGAUUACAGUGUGAUGAAUUAUUGCAUAUGAUCAUUCUUGAAGCAAUGAGUGAGAUGGAAAAGACUGAUACACGUCUUGAUGAUCCGGCAAAUCAAUAUCAGUGGAUGAACAUAACUCAUACAGUUACGUUUUCAUUACUACAUGGAAAUGCGUCGUUUUCCCGUCUUCUCAAAAUACUUAAUGAAUCGCUCUCAGAAACAGUUUAUCGAAAGGGAAGAGAUGAAUUGAUGUGGGUUAUACUGCAAUACGUCGCUGUUUAUAUCGAUAGAGUAUCCAAUGAAGAAAUGGCUCGCGUUGCAGAUAUAUACAACUUGCUUUAUAGCGAUGAACAGACAUGGUCUGGUACUUCUCAUUCUGAGGUGCUCCCAAAACCUUCAGAAUCCCUUUGGAGGCAGAUACAAUUUCUACAAGAAAGAACGGCAGAUUCAGAUCCAAAUAUUCAAAAUGUUGCUGAUCACAAUGCUGUUUUGGCUGCAGUUGCUAAUGCUUUCAGCAGCGAUAUGCCAAAUUUCCAGAAAUUAGUGCUUACGGCUGUCGAUGUUUUUCUAGACGGAUCGCAAGAGGAAGUUAAUACAGUUUGGCACCUUCCACAUGGAAUCAUCUCAUACUCCAAAAAGACGCCUUUACCUCUUUCAUUGAUCGAUUCAUUAACGUUUCACGCUCGAAACCAUCUGUUUCAGCUUUGCUUACUAAAACUUACGGCUAUGCUUUCUGUUCAGCAAACACAGAAACUUCCUAGUCCUGCCACAGUCGACACUCUUGUCCGCCUGGCAGUAACAACGGAAUUCGAAUAUGGUGUAAAGCAAGUCCUGGCACUACUUUCUUCUACUUUAGCUUCUGUUAACAAAAAUGCGGGUUUAGGACCAGCUCAGCAAGAUCGCUCUCGCGAUCUACUCUAUGUCCUAUGUGAUAUUCUUUCAUACCGAUUUAUCAGUUAUCCUUUUCCAGUAGGAUCAAAGGUUAACUUGAUGUUAUGGUGUUAUACAGCACUCGGAAACAAUCAGAUACAAAUGAAUAUUGCGUUGUGUGCAGCUCUAGAACAAGUUAUAUUACGGUUUUGGAUGUGGAACUCACCACAAGAAAUGUUUUAUUUAAGCAAUGCCUUUCUAGGUAAGCAAGGCAAGCUAGCAAGCAUGUUCAAUACUUCUAAUUCUUCAUAUUGUGAUCCUCAGCAUGGAACUGCCGCGCAUGAACGGCAGUACGUAAAUUCUCACGUGUCUCCUGAACUUCUGAGAUGCCUACUUUUGUCCAUGUUCAGAUGUCUCAAGAUGACGGGAAUAGAAAUGACCACAGAAAUGAUACAGCGAUGUAAUGCAAAUUUUUGUUGGCCGGUGUCAGUUAGUCGAGUAUAUAGUUCUCAGCUCACAGGAUGUACUGUUGAUGAUGGCGUUGCUGAUGCUGGAAUGUGUGAUGAAUUAAUGCAUCGUGUGGUUCAGGAAGUUCAUCAAGUGCAAGAAAUUAUUUAUGCGCAAGGUUUGGCUGCUGAGGAUCAACUGCUGAAGUUUUUUUCUGGUGAGCGGAGACAAACAAUUUUCUGUGUUGUAUACAAUAUGUUAUUUGAGACCAAAAAAAUACAUCCCGUUGUGUAUUCUGUACUGAAUUCAAUGAGUAACAAAGAACUAACUGCAUCUAUUAACAAAUUCACCGAUUACUUUGUUUUUAUUUUCAAGAAAAGUCUUCCAUCAGACGACCAACAAUUCGCUGCGAUGAUUGGAAUAUUAAAUGACAUGGUUUUUAAUUUGCAUUUGAUAUCACUUGAUCGAUUAUUUACGUCUCUUGUUCUUCAUCCAACUGACGAUGGUGGAACGGAAAUAGCCAUGCUUAUAAUUCACUCAUUAGUAGGAUCAUACUCUGAUUUGCACAAUAGAAUUACUGCAUUAGUACACAUAAUUCCUUCAAAUAAAAUUGUUAAUACGGGCGCAGCAUUUUUCAAUAAAAUGUCGGAGUACUAUUCUCAGUUUCCAGAAUUAACGUACCGUGAAAUGGAAGCAAAAAUGCGCAGAGAAAUGCAAUUAGAACUGGGCAUGCGUCCAAUGGAGCAGCCGAUUGUCAGUCCUGAAUUACAUAUGCCAAUUUAUUAUGGUAAUAUUAUGGAGCGGAUACUCCCUGUUGUGGAUAUAAUUCUGCUUCGUGCAAUGGAAACUGUAGUUGCUGAUCAGUUGUUCACGACAUUAUUGAUGAGCUUCAAACCAUGUUACCGUUAUCACCCUCAACCAGCAGCUUACAUGUAUAGUGUUCUAUACUGCUUGGAUAAAACUGUAUCGCACACAGUUCGUGCUAGGGAUUUCGUGCUGGAAAUUUGCGGGCAGCUCGAAGAUAGGGAUGGUAAAUACGCUCUUCUUACACCUUCAUUCAUAUCUGAUAACCAUCAGUUAUCUCUUCCAUCGCAGUUUUGUCAGGCUUUAGUAGAUCGCAUUUUGCAAGCCUCCAACUAUCCACAUCAGCCUCCGUCCUUUGCUUAUAAAGAUUGGAGGUUUGCGGAAAUGCCACCUGUUGGUCAAGCUCUUACGGGUGCUUGCAUAGAGCUACUUGCUUCACCACAUGCUCCUUCCAUUACUGCUCGUUCUCUAAUUGAUUUGGUAUUUAAUCGACCUUUACAUCAACCGUAUGCAACUAUCAAUGCGGUUGCGCUGAUUUUAACUGCCUUACCACUUUCUUUUCAACAAGUUUUUUAUGAACAUAUUGUGUCAGUUCUCGAUUCUGAAGCAUUGCACGGUGAUCCAUCCGCCUGUUUUGGAAGUCUAGAAAGUGAAUGUUUUUUGUUAACUGAGAACCAGUUAUUAACGAAUCUUGCUCUUGGACAUGCUUAUUUGCAGCAUUGCAACACAAGUUCAUUAGCCGCUUUACCUGAGUUUGUACGGGAUCAGCUUGCACCAAAAUUAGUUACCGAAGCACAACUCAUAUUUGUUCUUCGACUUGUUGUACCGAUUUUGCAGCGUUUAUAUGAUGCUAAAGAAAGAAGCAAGCAAAUACAAGACCUUGCAGUGGACGUUUACAAGAUGACUGUAAAAGUGAAUGAACGAGUAGGUAUAUUAAAGUACGAAGAUUCUAUAUGCGAUUUUCUUUAUCAUAUGAAAUACAUGUAUGUUGGUGAUUUCGUGAAGAAUGAAGCAGAGCAGGCAAUACAGCGUUUGUCACCAUCUAUGCGGGAUAAACUGCAAUAUAUCUCACAUUCCCAAGCAAAUGUUACUGGUGAUCUUCCAUAUAAACUUGAUCCUGGUCCAUCCAACCUCCUGCAUUACAUAAUUAUGGAGCAUGGCGACGUCGAUCUGUCAUUUUCUGAAAGAAUGAAAGUGGUCAGACAGAGUACAUGGUACUGGGGAAAUAUGUCCUGGAGAGAUGCCGAGAAAGUGUUGAUAAAUCAAUUACCUGGAACUUAUCUCGUUCGUGAUUCAGCUAGUGACCGUCAUAUUUUCACUAUAUCUUAUCGAACUGAGAGUUCAGUUCAUCAUACGCGUGUAUCUCAGUAUGGAGGGAAUUACUGUCUCGGAGGACCGAAUUCGUUGCUUAAAUCAAAGUCGUUGGUUUCUUUCAUCGAACAUGCCUUGCAAAAUUAUGGCAAGAGAAAGUUUUCCAUGUUGAUGCAUUCAAAAAGUGACCACACAGGAAUAGAACUACUCGAACUGAAUCAUUUGCUGCAUCGUCAUGAACUUCUGCCAUCCUUGAAAUAUUUGUGUCGAGUAGUGAUACGGAAUUAUGUUGACAAAGAUCUACUUUCGUAUUUACCUCUGCCACCAAAUAUGAUCCGAUAUUUACAGGAUGCAAAAUAUUUUGUCCCUUCAUGCGGUACAAUGACCUUUAAUAAUACCAUCUUAAAACAACGGUUCAUAUCAAUGGUCAAUCCAAUGGUUAUGACUUUUGAAGUGUUGAAGUGCUUAAAACGGUCUUGUUCUAUAUUUGCCUUAAGUUCGGGUGCGCUUCCUGCAGCCAUAUCAAUUAUCAGAGUUUCCGGAAAAGAAAGUCGAUACUGUCUUGAAGAACUUACUGGUAACAGGAAGAUUUCACCGAGACGGUUAUUCUUCGCAAAUAUUCGGUGGGAAGGCGAGUUAAUCGAUCAAGGCAUGGCAGUUUUCCUGAAAGGUCCAAAAACAGCAACCGGUGAGGAUAUGGCUGAGUUUUAUGUACACGGUAGUCCAGCAGUUGUCGAUUGCUUAUUGAAUACAUUAGCAAAGUUUGAUAACUUACGACCUGCAAAAGCAGGAGAAUUCACAAGAAGGGCAUUUUUCAACGGAAAGAUGACUUUACACGAUGUACAAUCGCUGAGACAUCUUUUGGCUGCACGAACUCAGCGACAACGACGUUUGGCUUUACAUGCGAAUAGUAUAGAUGAAGCAAUGGAAAAAGUUCGGAAACGACUUGUCGAAAUACGUUCUGUUGUUGAAGCAUUUAUUGAUUUUGGAGAUGAUGUCGAGUUUGAUUGGAAAAAUAUUCGUUCUUCUAUCCAUUUACUCAUCAGUGAUUUGAGUAGUAUGGAGAAAGGAUUAUACCGAGGAACCUUGGUUAUUAAUGGCUUAAGUAUCGUUAUUUUAGGACAUACAAAUGUUGGAAAAAGCAGUUUAUUCAACCGGCUAGUGAAUCGAGACGUAGCUAUAGUAUCUGAUAUCGAGGGGACAACUCGCGAUGCGCUCGAGGCAACACUUCACCUUUCUUCCCUUCCCGUUACAAUUGUUGAUACAGCUGGAAUCCGUAAAACUCCAUUAGAUGCCAUCGAAGCUGCAGGCAUUCAAAGAACCUUGCAAAGAGCAGCCGAAGCUGAUAUUGUAAUUGUAGUCCUUGAUAGCAGUGCAUGUGGAAAUGUGGAAGUUGAGGUGCGCUCAGUGCUUUUGCAUUGUCAGUUAAAAAAAGAUGUAUCUGUGAUUGUAGUAUUAAAUAAAUGCGAUCUAAAUACUGUCCCAAUAAACUCACACCUUUCUUGGCGCAUCGUUCGUACUUCUUGUACUUCUGAUGUAGGCAUCGAUUCUUUGUUUGAUGCAGUAUGUGAAACGAUUGACGAACUCUGUCCAUCAGCUAAUGACCACGUCUUUCUAAGCAGCCAACAACAUCAACUAUUAAUCAACAAAAUUCACCGUACACUUUCAGAGGCAUUAAAAGUGGAAGAUAUUGCCAUUAUUGCAGAGUUGUUACGUGAUGCCUCAGAUUAUGUAGGCGAGAUUUCAAAUUUAGUAGUUAAUGAAGAAAUAUUGGACCAGAUAUUUUCAUCAUUUUGUAUUGGCAAGUGAGA